ACUAGCUGCAGCAGAGAGGUAUGGCGCUACUGGUCGGACGCAGAGUUGCAUUUAGACCGCAAACUUCGACGAAUUUCGAACAUGUUUGCAGAUUUCGAGACGUUUUGCUUCGCCUCGGUGUUGGAGGUGCCGGCCGCGUGGGGAAUGGCGGCGCUAUGCGGCAGUUUAGCUCGGACGCUGAUGACCUGAGCGUCAGGUAUUUGGACGGAGAGGAAUCAGGAAUCGUGAUCUUUGGUCUCAACCGGCCUAAAGCGAAAAACGCAAUCAGUAAAAGUCUUGUUAAAGAGAUGUCUCAUGCCAUUGAAUCAGUGAAAAAGAACAACAAGGUGCGUUCUGUCAUCUUGUGCAGCAUGGUGCCCGGAAUCUUCUGUGCAGGUGCCGAUCUGAAAGAGAGAGCCAAAAUGCAUCAGAGUGAAGUGGCACCUUUUGUCUCUAAAGCACGAGCACUUAUUACUGAACUAGGCAAUCUACCCAUGCCAACUAUUGCAGCCAUUGAUGGAGCAGCACUAGGUGGAGGACUUGAAAUGGCACUGGCCUGUGACAUCAGAAUAGCAGCUACUUCUGCUAAAAUGGGACUGGUUGAAACCAAGCUAGCCAUCAUUCCAGGGGCCGGGGGAACCCAGCGUCUGCCACGGUCUAUAGGAGUGUCCCUGGCUAAGGAGCUGAUCUUUGCUGCACGGGUGGUUGAUGGUGCCGAGGCGAAGUCUUUGGGACUGGUCAACCAUGCUGUAGAGCAGAACAAGUCCGGAGACGCCGCCUACCUGAGAGCUCUAGAGCUCGCCCGGGAGUUUAACCCACAGGGACCAAUUGCAGUCAGAAUGGCCAAGUUGGCUAUUAACCAGGGCAUAGAGGUGGAUUUAACAACAGGAUUAGCAAUUGAAGAGGCAUGCUAUGCUCAGGUCAUUCCGACGAAGGACAGGCUGGAAGGCCUGGCAGCAUUCAAGGAAAAGAGACCCCCAUGUUAUAAGGGUGAGUAAUUUGGGACAGGUCCCAAGCAACACUGAACCGCUGCCUUUUGAUCCUCUCACUGCUGACGGACAUCGUAGAGAAAGCGCUAGCCUGCAUCGCGCCUACCUGACCAGCUCUCGGCCCUCUGUCAACAAAGAUCAGCGAUUCUAGACUUGAGGACUUAAGUUGAUCUAGGGACUGAGAAAGUGUCUGUCCACAACGCCUCAGUUAUCUGUUAGUGAAGCUCCAGUUUGCAUGGUGCGUCUUUAUUAAUCACAGGUCACUCAUUUGCCUUUGUGUUGUGAAUUUGUGUGUCUAUAAAUGUUCAUAGUCAUCAGAUGUUUUAAAAUCCGAGCUAAAUUACAACAUCAAUCUGUAAUUACGAUAUAAGUGCUUAAAUACUAUAAGCAAACUGCAACAUCAAAUAAAAACUGCAUCAAAGAGCCUGCUUGUGUUUUCAGGGAAGAAAAAUGUGUUUGAACCUAAUCAAUAGUAAUCUGCAAUUUACAAUUUGUUUUUGUAGGGAAAAAAACCUGUAAAGCUGCUGUAACAUAAGUGAUCCAAUAAAACAUUGUGUAAACAUGAA